UUGUGGAAAUCAGUUCUCCCAUCCUGUUCGUCCCAGCGCAGCCCAUCCCUCUCUCUGCUCGGUGGGCGUGGUGUGAGUUGGGAAAACAAAUUGCAGACAUCCUAUGAUACUUCCUCACCCUUCAUCAGUUGAGUUUCCCCGCGGCUCGUCGUCAGCUGGCCGUGCGUAAUUCCCCAAGAGUGGAGUUGCACCGUUUUGCGCGCCGGGUAUUUUUAUUUUUUUUCUCGCCACAACACCACCAGGAGCGGCUGGCUACAUCUCCGACCAGCACUACUUUGAUUUUAUAUCAAAUGGGGGGAGCAGACUGCACCAGCGUGAGCCAAACGCCGACAGCACUUUGAACAGGCGAGCUUCAGGAGCCGUCAUGUACUAGUGACAGACGGCAGUUGUAGAGCAAGAAGAGGCAGCAGACACUGACAAACAUGAGCGGAGGAGAAAUCAUCUUCCAAGGCUGGCUGAGAAAAUCACCGCCGGAGAAAAAACUAAGGAGAUAUGCAUGGAAGAAGCGCUGGUUUAUACUUCGCAGCGGCCGCAUGAGUGGUGACCCCGAUGUUCUGGAGUACUACAAGAACAACCACUCGAAGAAGCCCAUCCGUGUCAUCGACCUGCACUGCUGCGAGCAGGUGGAUGCUGGCCUGACCUUUAAGAGGAAGGAGUUCCAGGACAGCUUCGUGUUUGACAUCAAGACUUCAGAUCGCACUUUUUAUCUCGUAGCCGAGACUGAGGAGGAGAUGAACAAAUGGGUCCGCUCCAUCUGCCAGCUGUGUGGUUUCAACCAGUCGGACGAAAGCCAUGAUGGCAGGUUACACCAUAUGCCUCGGUCUGUUGGAGCAGAUGUCACCGGCUCAAUGGGUCCCCUGACCGGAGAGCGCAAGUCCUCUGCCCCCAUCCACUCUAGCCAGCCAGUGCUCUUCACCUUUGAUGUGCCUGUGCGCCACUCACACCACAGCUCGCUGUCCAACAGUGCACCCCAGGACUACCUCCUCCUCCACCAGUGCAUGAGCAGGAAGACAGAAAGUGCACGGAGUGCCAGUUUCUCCCAGGCCACGCGAAGCAAUGUGUUUGUUGGAAGUGACUCUGCAGUUCAGAAACUCUCCUAUGGCUUUUCACACUGUCUGAACGGCAUGGGUGCCCAGCUGCAUGGCUUCUACAGCCUUCCCAAGCCAGGAAAACACCAGUUACCCGAGCAUGAUGACUCCCCCCAGGAGGCCUGCUAUGUACUUCCGCGGGGCUACAGCUCCGAGGCACCGGCUCACAGCGCUCUAGGUGAUGCUGAGCUGGAAAAUGAGGAGGUCUACACUUUCAAAACGCCCUGCAACGCCCUCGCCACCAUGCACAGCAACGACCGUUCACCUGACAAUUAUGACCUUCCUACGACGCCUGGCUCCUUUUAUCAGAUUCCCCGGACAUUUGAUAAGAAUCACAAUGCCUUGACACCCUCCAGCUCGGAGUCAUCCUGUGCUCCUCCUCCCAGGCCCCCGAAACCCAGCCAGGGAUCUGAGGGUCCGUGGGGGAGCCCUCAGUCAGUAGGAAACCAGAAUGGAGAGAUGACGUCUGCAGUGUCGGUCAUCCCACGCAGGAAUACGCUACCUGCUGUCGAGAACAUCAGGCUGUACAGAGGCUCCUCCUUUGAAACUAACAGCCAUCAUCGUCUCAUCCAUUUCAACAACUCAGGCCAGUCCGUGGAGUCUGUCAAUGAUGGGUUCAGCUCCUACCUGAGAAGCCAAGCCCCUCUGACUCGCUCAGACAGUGGCAAUUCAGAUGACAACUACGUGCCCAUGAAUCCUGGCUCCUCACCACUCAGCACUGCUCAGGCUGACAGUCCUAAGAAUAUCUACAUUCCUAUGAGCCCUGGGCCACAUCACUUUGAUUUCCCAGGAUUCUCUGCAACAUUACCUGCCCGUAAGAUGAGUAGUGCCUCCUUGUGUCACAGGCCAGGUCGUCUCAGUGAUGUUGCACCACCGCCCAUCGACCGCAACCUCAAACCUGAUAGGAAAUCGAAGCCAACACCUCUUGAUUUGAAGAAGAAUGGGAUCAUUGAUGAGCUGCCAUUUAAAAGCCCAGUCACCAUGUCUUGGACACGGCCCAUGCCUGCUGUGAACUCCAUGCCCUCCCAGCCUUGUCGACCCAUCUCUACACAAAGUAUCACCAGCACUGACUCUGCAGACAGCGAGGAGAAUUAUGUGGCUAUGCAGAACCCAGCGUCUACCUCCCCAGCCGUGAGUGGCACCAGCAGCCCAGCCAACAGGAAGUGUGGUAAUGUGGACUACCUAGCACUGGACUUCCAGCCUGGGUCACCCAGCCCACACAGAAAGCCCUCUACAUCCUCUGUGACUUCGGAUGAGAAGGUGGACUACGUGCAAGUUGACAAGGAGAAGACGCAGGCACUGCAGAGCACGAUGCAGGAGUGGACUGACGUGCGGCAGUCUACUGCUGAACCUGCCAAGGGGGUCAAGUCCUGACACUGACCUGCGCAAAAAAAAAAAAAAACAAAAGUCGAGCAUCUCCAGUAUCAUGUUUGUAUCAUUAUGAAUACUGUUUGGGUUUGUUUAAGAAAGAAAGCCAUAGCCUAUCCUAUGCCUGUUCUCUGUGAUGAUUAUUACUGCAGUGCACCGCUAGCAUGCAGGAUAUCAGGCCAUACAGGUAAAGUGCCCUGCCAAAGCUCUUCAUGCAGACUGUUAGAACAGUGUAUGGACAAUUAAUAAUGUGUAUGAAAAUAUCAUCCUUCCUAUCAAUCCAUUCUUCAUGAAUACAUUGUUUGAUCGAAGCGGCCCCGCCCACCCCUCUGUAACGGUUUUGUUUGCAUCUAUUUGGUAAUUUACUCAAUUGCUGCCGUUUAAUUGAGCAGCAGAGGCUAACUGGUCGAUAACCAUAUUAAUAUACUGUAGGAGUACGCUUACUGGUCUCAGGAAUGCCAAGAUGCACUCCAAUUUUGGCAUGCAGGCUGACUUUCUCUUUUCACUUCAAUCUAUCAUUUGUGCUGAGUCUUGCAGAAGCAGUGAAGAGAUUAUUUUCACUGCGGGCAAUCAUUUCAGCUUAGCAGUGCAUGUCUGGUAAAAGGAGAGGGGGAAAAAUAUAGCCAUACAAAUAUGCAAAGGCCUGUGUCAGAAGCCCUAAUGAUAACUGUACAUGACUGCUGCCUCGGUUUCAAUUAAGUAUGAGCCCAAACCAUAUUUAACAGCUGUCAGGCUGGAUGGCAGGCCAAUUAUUUCAACACAGGUACAAAGUCAGUUAUGCCCAAGUGUACAGAAUGAAGAAAACAAGACAGACAAGAUGAAGAAACAUCUUGUAUGUUUAUAGGUUUGACUUCAGCCAACUCACUUCAGGUAAUAUUCUAAUACAUUUCAUUGUAAGUGUGCACUGACCAAGAAAAAUACUGCGUUACAGGAACUGAACAUAAAGUAGGAGAUGUAGUUUCCAAGUGCUCGGUCUCUCUCCAGAGACCAUAUAUACAAGCCUUGUAGGAUGGAGAAUAGCAUAUUUAUGUUUUCCAGAACUCAACAAUUCACUGAUUUAUGUCUUUGGGCUUUGACAUGCCACACACUACAUCUGUGUCUCAGAAGAAUAAUUGUUUCCUGUAUGUAAAUUAUUAAUAGAAUGACAUAUUUGCAGUGCAUCUUGUCGACUGGUAGAAAUUCGAUGCACUUGUCUGAGACAAAGCGUGCAUUAUAGCAAUGGGACAUAGUCCUUGUUUUUUGCAAAGGCAACCUGCCACGAUGAAGACUUGCCAGUGAUCGUAGUCACUUGAAAAUAGUUGAGGAAAGAAUGUUUACUAAAUUUUUCCUAAACUCUUUUUGCUUAAUUUGCCUUAAAUUUUCAUUUCAGUUUCGACUGUACAUUUUGCCUUGGAGAAAUUUAAUUAUUCACAAUCUUAUUCGAGAAAGGACCAUAUUAUAUUCAGGGCAACUGAAUGAUGAGUUUCUAGUUCAACUUAAGUCCAGUAUUUCAUUGUGGGCUGGAUCCACUGAAGGGUGAAACCCUAAUUGAUCUUAAUAAGAAUAGUGAGGCCAUGCAGUGCGAGAUGGUGUUAUUGAUUAUUUCACUAAGGUUUACUUCUUAAUGUUUUUCUACCAUUUUUACAGCUUUUUGUAUUCUUUUUAAUCAUUAUUUUUUACUGAUACGUGUAAGCAAGUGUUAUGCAUUAAGGACAGGAUCAGGCUAAAUUAAGCUAAGGUUUGUUACAGUGUGUGUUUUAUUCCUUUUCAAAUUCCCACAUUGAAUUUUUUGUGAUCUACUUUUGAAAUGGGAUGGCUGGCAGUUUAAGCCGCACUGGCAAAACCAUUCCCGGGUGAACUGUGAUCCACAAAGAGCAUGAGAGGAAAGAAAAGACUGAAGAAAAGCCUGUCUCCUUGUCAGUCUCUAAAGUGAAGUGGAUGUGUAAUUUAUUAUCUAGAGAGACCCGCUGUAAGCAGAAGAGCUGUGUAUGUGUUGUGGUAGAUUGUGAGUUGUAGUAUGUUAAAUGACAGCCUGACUGGGCGAGAUGGAAAACACUGCUCAGAUCUACUGUCAGACUGUCACUGGGUUGACGUACUGUACUUGUAGAGAUCAUUUUUUUAACCACUGUUAUUGCUACUACUGUAACGCAUUUGCAGAUUGCUUGUGUGUUAAUUUAUUAAUUUAUUGUGUGUUUUGCAGUUGAUCCUUGUAAAGGAAAUAGAGGAAAAACAAACAAACAAGGAAACCUUCUCUCUACUAACAUUUGAUGUAUGCAAACUGUCUUGAUUUUUUUUUGAAGCAAUAUGAGAAAUGAUGCCAGUGUGACGGUAAUGUGGUACAGUUAAUUUGGGAUACACGAGAAUACAAGAUUUUGUUAUUCCUGUAUUAUGGUAGACUUUAACUGUGGACGUAGAAUAAAUCAAGAAGUUAAA